CACAGUUCGAGAGGAGAGAGCAAUCAUCCAAAAAUCGAUCUGGAACGAGCAGAGGUCUGUGAACUCGAGCUGUGAGAGUGCUGAGACUGUUUGGUCGAUAUCUCGAGUUUUACAAAUCCAAUUAAGGCGUGUGAGAUACCCACAGAAAGCUCUCAAGACGAGGAAUCCGUGAAGGUCUGGUUUGCAGGAAUCGGAGUUGUGGAAGACUUCCAAAUCGUCCGAGAAAAACGCAACCUCGCAGGAGAGGAUCUAAUCCUCUAAAGAAUCGAGUUAGCCGGAAAACACCCGUUCUAGGGGCUGUUUUCGUAUCAACGAUUAAGGGUUGAACUAGCACUUGAGGAGGCUGUUUAACACUCAUAUUUGAGCAAGGAAUCAGUUCCAAAUCCACCUUGACCAAAGCUUUGACCAUUGGACCAAGAAGGGAAAGUUUAAAGCUCAAUUGAGGUUGAGGCUAGAGCUUGCAUCCUGUGCUCGUUGAUCGAGUGAUUCCUCGGAGAGAAGACUUGGUUCGUGCUUCCUCCAUUCUAUUUGAAACAUUAAUAAAUUUGCUCAUGGAUAUUUUAUUAUAGAGCCUGCGUGCUCAUGAAUAGCCCGGUGUGGCUCUUUCGUUUUAAACAAUGUUUUCCGCUGCUUAUUGAAUUACUUAUUAUGUUGUUUAUGGAUGACUUAUGUGUGAAUGAUAUUCAUGACGCCUUGUAUAAUAUGAAUGUGUUGGAUUGCGAUUGACUAUUCGUAUUGUACGGCGGGUUGUUGACGUGUCCGGGGAGGUCCGGGGCGUGACAAUUAAGUUGGUAUCAGAGCCUUAGUCCAUAAACUUCAUAAUGAAGUCUCAAAAUUCUCUUUUUGAAAAGAUUUUGAAAACCAUGAGCAUAGAAGUUUUGUACUUGGAGAACUUUUGGUACUUGGGUUGCAAGGUCUCUAAUUGUUAAGAUGGUACCCUUAGCAAUUGGUAUGGCGGUGACUCGAGCCAAAAUGUGUCUUAAGUACCUAUCCGUCAAUUGACAUUUGAUACGAGUCUAACGACUCCUUCCAAAUUUCUUUCAGAAAUGGACCGUGGUGGCAGGAUUACUAGGAGAAACCCGACUGGCCGUGUACCAGUGGAGACUGGACAGGGCAGUCGAAGGACCUCUAGGGCAUCUAGAGGAGCUGGCCGUGGAGGCCGAUCACAGACCGUGAGUGACGGUCAUGUCGACACGGAAAGUGAGACCUACUGGUCCUAUGAGGACUCGACUUACCAACCGGAGACAGAGCCGGUUGACACCCCUUAUGAAGGGGAUGAUGACGAUGUAAGUGAUGAGGAGGGAAAUGGCUCCUUAGCACGGAUCGAAGCACUACUCCAACAAUACCACCGGGAGCGUGAAGAGAGGAGGCAACGCCGAAGACGCCGAGUGGGGCAACCUUCGGGCAUGGCUUCAAGAGGAGGGAGUCAUGGUGCAUCUAGAGUCCAUGUGGAACCACAUGGAGGCCAAAGUGAUGGAGGUCCAACCAUAAGGAUCUCCAAAUUUAUCAAAGAAGCAAGAGAUUUGGGGUGCAAACCCUUUGAUGGAGCAGGGGACAUUUCAGUCGCAGCACAAUGGAUCAAGAGGCUAAAUGAAGCAGCCCUUGACAUGCAAAUCGCGCCGAGUCUCAAACUGAGAAUUGCGGUAAGAUUGCUCGAGGGGAUGGCAUCCAAGUGGUGGGAUGGAACCAAGAGCAAGUACGGUGAGACCGUCGUUUGGGAGGACUUCCAACGGGAGUUCUUUGCCCAAUAUUAUUCUGAUUUUGAAGUGAACAAGAAGGUGAGGGAAUACACCCUCCUAACCCAAGGGGGGUAACAUGACAGUGAAGGAACUUGAGUACAAGUUCCGGGAUCUCGCCGACUACAUACCGGAGUAUGCUUGUGACGAGAACCGAAUGGUAAACCACUUUUGGGAUGCUCUUGACUUGGAGAUACGUGAUAGGGCAACACAAUUGCCUAAUAUGACCUUCGCCCAAGUGGUUGACCAAGCGUUGAAGGGGGAGAAACAGUGGGAGGAGAGGAAGAAGAGAGACGCCGAGGAGGCGAAAAAGAGAAAAUGGGAGAGUCAUGGCUCCCAAGGUUCCAACAAAAAGGGGAACCAUGGAGGAGGAUCUUUCCGGGCACCGCCGCCACCGUCUAGGGGGAACCAAGGCCCGAGUGGGCAAGGCGCGAGGUCACAAACCUCAGUGGUAGCUCGUUGCAACAAUUGCAAGAAGAACCACUCCGGUAAAUGUCGCGACCCCCCUAGAUGUUUUCAAUGCGGGGAUGCCGGGCAUUUGAAGGCACAUUGUCCACAAUUGAGUGGGGCAAGGACAUCGGGACCGAGCAGUGGCCCGACGGGUACACGGAAUCAAACCGGAGCUUCUCAAGCGAGCCGGGGACAUGGGGGAGCGAGUGCGAGCAACGCGCCAUCCGUGAAUCAAGGAAGAACUCAAGCUAGAGUUUAUGCGAUGACGGAGGCGGAUGCUCGAGCUAACCCGGACUCGGUUGCAGGUUGAGGCUAGAGCUUGCAUCCUGUGCUCGUUGAUCGAGUGAUUCCUCGGAGAGAAGACUUGGUUCGUGCUUCCUCCAUUCUAUUUGAAACAUUAAUAAAUUUGCUCAUGGAUAUUUUAUUAUAGAGCCUGCGUGCUCAUGAAUAGCCCGGUGUGGCUCUUUCGUUUUAAACAAUGUUUUCCGCUGCUUAUUGAAUUACUUAUUAUGUUGUUUAUGGAUGACUUAUGUGUGAAUGAUAUUCAUGACGCCUUGUAUAAUAUGAAUGUGUUGGAUUGCGAUUGACUAUUCGUAUUGUACGGCGGGUUGUUGACGUGUCCGGGGAGGUCCGGGGCGUGACAAUUUAUUUCAUUGUAAAGGGUUGGCAACUUUCUAUUCUUAGCAUACUAGCUUCGGCAUUCUUACUCGCAGCAUCUCUAACUGCCUUGUAGGACGAACGGCCGACGUGCCUUUUUUAGCAAGUAGAUUGUACUUAGGGGAGUUAUUACGAAGUUAAUAAUACCUAUUUACAUUGCCUGCUAUUACUUUUGUU